UGAUUUCUUGGAAUUGCUCUGCUGCUGCUAUAAAAAGGGAGGCAGCACCGAGUUAAGAGCCAGGGCUGGGUAAAGAGGGGCUGAGAUGGGCUUCUCUCAGCCCGGGAGCUGCGGGUCCGGAGGGGGACGGAUUUCGAGCCUUUCCUUGCCGGUGCUCUUCCUCCUGAGUUCUCAAGGUGGUUCCCAUCUUCUUCUCCUCACCCCGCUGUGUGUCCCAGGCCUGCCACUGCUGCUGUGCUGUGUCCCCUGAGCUGGGGCCCUCGGCUGCCGGUGUCCCCUUGGGAAACGAAGGCUUGGAGCAACGGGAGCAUCUGCUGUGAGCCAUGGCUUCGCAGGAGGACACGCAAGAGGGGGAUGCCAAGGCACAGCUGGCAAAGGCAUUUCAGAAGGAAGGACUGGAUGCUGGAUACUGGGUGCCCAAGGUGUUGCAGAAUCUGGGAAUCAAGUGUAGAGAAGCCCUGCAACAUCUGGAAUAUAAAGACUACCUCAAGCUGGAGUGUGCAGCACGGCACUCCUGGGAGAAAAAGGCACUCCAGAAACUCCUGAAAAUAAAAGAUGACAAAACAACCACUGAAGAGGUGCAGAAGGAGCACUUGGAGAAGACAAAACAGAGACAAGAAGUGGCCAAACAAGCCCUAAAUGAUCUGACAGAAAUGCUCAAGAGCCGCAGCCACAGCCAGGAUGCUCUGAGGGAGAAAGCAGAGACUCUGUGGAAAGCCAUGGAAAUUCCAAAAGAGUUCUGGCCAUCGCCAAAGAAGCCCUUGGCGGAUAUGCUGGAGAGCAUCCACAAGCAGCUGGAGCAGCAGGAGUUGUCAGCAGGCAGGACGGAGCACAUCCCCGACACGGAGGUGCUGAGCCGCGCGUCAGGGGGACUGGCCCUGCAGGGCAUCUACAGAACCAGCAGACCUGAAGAUGUGCUGGCAAAGCGAGAGCAGCUCCUCAGGGUUCCUGAGGGAUUCCAGCUCUCUGGUCCGGAGCAAGGAUCGCUACUUGAGAGGAAGGAGUUCUCCUCCUCUGCGGCAGAAUCCAAUUUCACCAAGUCCAUGGAGCAGCUGGGGUUCAGCAUCAGCGUUUCUGCCAAAGCCGUCUUCUGGAGGGUUCUUCUGCAAGCAAGUGUAGAUCACAGCAGCUCCUCACAGUCACAGAACAUCCACCAGUCCCACUCUGAGCAGAGCUACUUUUGUACCACCAUGUACCAGUACAUCCCUCUGGCCUCCUGCUACUUCCAAAGGCAUCAGCUUCACCUCUCGGAUGCGGCUCUGCAGGAGCUGCAAGACAUGGAGCAGCUUUUGAGCUUCACUCAAGAAGACACGGCCCCCAUGGUGAGUAGGUGUGAGAUGUUCUUCAACAGGUUUGGGUCCCACGUAAACCAUGGUCCCCUCCACUUUGGGGGGAUAUUCUGGUGGAAGGCGUCUACAGAAGGAUUCCGAGCCGAGCAGCAGGAAGAGAUGAAGCAACAAACCUCUGAAGCUCUGAACAGCCUUGUCAGGAAGAGCUACGGUAACUUCGCAGCCAGUGCUGCGGGGGCCCUGGAUACUUGCAAUUCCACCUUACAAGCUUCUGUCCAGGGAAAAGCCAGAGAGAGUUCCCACACAGCGAUUCAGCUCUGCAUGGUCAACACAGGGGGCCCACCAGACACAGCUUCUCUUCCUCAGUGGAAAACGGGGCUCGUGUCUGAUAACACAACGUGGUGCGUUAUCGACCGCGGCUUUGAGCUGGUCCCAGUGUGGGAUGUUAUCCGGUGCAAUCACAGCAGGGAUUUUAAGUCCGUCAGUCAGAUGAGCAGAGCCCUCAGGGCUGCGUACAAAGCGCUGACAAAUCAGAGCGUCGGCACCACUUUUGGAGAGGAACUGGACAGUGCAGUGCAAGAGGCCAGAGAUUUCAUGGCCACUGUGAAGAGCUGGGAGGUGACGGUGGAUGAAAGGAAGCUGCUCGUGCUGAUGGAUCUAAAAGAGGAUCUGCAUGCAAAAACCAAGAACCCCAGUGUGUGGAUCAAUGUGUGCCUGUCGGACAAAGGCCUGCAGGACUUCCUGGUGAACACCGUGCGCAGUUGCCAGGAGUCACCUCCAGAAAACACCACCUCGAUCAAGGUAAUGUUGAGGAGCCUCCUGGAUCCUCAUAUCUACUCUGUCAAGGACUUCCCUGAGGCUUCCUUCAUUAUGCAAUGGAUCUUCCAGACUGAGCAGCAGCUUCCCAGACCUCCCAAGGUCUCUGAGCUGGAAGAGCUCAUCAAAACACUGCAGCAAAUGAAGGAGCACAUCCAUGCUGUCACCUAUGCACCAGGAAGCUCUGCUUCUGCUGUUCAUGAAGCAAAGAUAGAAGCCACCCUGACCACCAGCCUCGCCAUUUAUUCCUUGCUCCAGUCUCUCCAGGAACGGGCUGAGAAGGACAUGGAACUGUUGGUGCUCUUGAUUGCGACCAGCACAGGGUACGACGUGGAAAGCAGCGCUUUUCCACACCUCCUUGGACACCCAGAAAUUCAGUACAUGGCCAAGGAAAUGGAAGCGGCACAUGAGGAGUACGUGAACCUGAAGGAGCAAGAUGCCGACAGAGCUGAGGCCUCCCUUCUGCUGACGGGUCUGACUGUGACACCCGAAAGUCAAGAGCUGUCCCCUGAGCAGAAGAGGGAGCGUUUAGUUUUCAUGGAAGAUCACAUGCAAGGCUUGUGGUCCACACGGAUCAAGAAUCUCCUCCAAAAGCACAGUGGAGGCAAAGACUGGGAGAGGCUGGAACAGGACUUGCAUUCCUUGAUCAGAGGGUGUUUGAAUGGGAAAUGGGAUGAACAGAGGAUGCAGAACAUACUCAGAGACAUGGAAGAGACUUUUCCACCACCUGAGCUCCCCAGUCAGUCCCAGUUCAAGUCAGACGGCAGCGAAUCCCAAGCAAAUGAAGCCAUUGCAAACCAGGAAUUCCUCCAGUUGCUCAAGCGCCUUGGACUCAAAAGUCACUAUCCAAGAAAAAUGGGGAUGGGAAAUUUCCGCACCAUCUGCAAGACAUCUCUGCAGGACAGCCAGCCCAGCAAGGACAAGGAACUGCCAUUUUACUUCUUGCAAAAGCUGCUCACAGUGGAUUACCAGGUGAGGUACCUGACUUGCAGGAAUAAGAACAAUGCAGGACUUGCAGCUGUGCCACAAAUGACAGAGCAAGAGGACGAACCUUCAGACUCCUUUGAAAACUUUCUUGACAACUUCACAGAAGCAGUCCCUGAACCUGGAAGCAGGGACAGCCGUGUGCACCCCAUGGACCUGCAGAUGGCCAUUUUCCAUUGUGCUGAUGACUUCCUGAGAGAGACCCUUGCAACCAAGCUGGCGUUCUGCCAACUGGCGCUGCCUCUGCUGGUGCCCAACCCAUGCACUUCACAGAUCGAGUUCCCGCUCUACGCCCUCAGCCAAAUCCAAAGGAGCUGGAAAGAGGCAGACAAGUCAGGAAAGCAGGCCAGAACAAAGAGUUACAACAACAAACUCAUCUUUCAGGUACAGACACCCAUUGUGUCCUUCAUCCGCAUUGGCAGCUCGGCCUCCUCUUCCAAGUCUCAGCUCCUGAACGCUCUGCUGAGCAAACGCAAACACGACACUUUCUUCCACCGCCACUGCAGAGGCAGCACCAGAGAGCGUUUGCUGAUGGAAGGGGUGGUGGAGAUCACCUGGUACUGCCCCCGUGGAAGCCCUGAUGACACCUUUGAGUGCUGCGUGGCUUUCUGUAACCUGCAUGGAGAUGCCAGGGAUCACGGAGCACAGCUGCAGUUCCUGCAGGAGAUAUCUGCUGUCAACGUGGCUCUCGUAUCCGAUUCAGAGCACAUGGACAACAGGGGGAAAAAGCUUUUGCAGGGCUUGUGGCAGUCACAAAGGCCUUUGGUUUGUCUUCUCACGGAAAAAGAGAAUGUUGCAGCUGGACAAGCCAGCAAAAACAUAACAAUAGGGAUCAAGAACAGAAACGAAGCAGAACUGGCCGUCCAGCUGACUGAAACAAUCCAGAAUCUCCUGGAAAGGUCUCAUCCACGUUUCAGCCUGGAGGCCUGUCUGGACAAAGCGCGCCAGCACAGAUUCAUAGUGGAUGCAGAUCAACCUGCAUGUUUGACAGCCAAAGCAAAGGCAAAGAAGCUGGUGGAGCUUCUGAAGAAAGAGAAGCUGUCUGAGAUCAAAUCCCAGCUCCUGCCCCUUCAAGGAAAACUGUGGUACCAGUGGUGCAAAAAGGACAAAGAGCUCACUCGCUUACAGGAGAAGGGAAACAAGAGCAUUGAGCAUCAUCGCAGCCAAAUUGAAAUUGAGAAGGCAGAACUAAGAAGAAAGCAACUUGAACAAGCCUUCCCCCUUAACCCGCUGAUGAAAUCAUUCCUUGGCUUUCUCCAGGCCCAGCCAGCAGAUACCAAGAAAUACUUCCUGCACUGGAUGAAGGUCUUUAUGGAUGAGCUGUCCUGUGGUCGCCUUGAAGAACUGAGGAGAGACUAUCACGAGUUAUGGUCUGAAAUACGGACAGCAAAGAAAAACCAGGAAAAAACCAGUGAAAACACUGAAUUGAUGAAUGAGCUGGAUGCUCUCUCUGAUGAAAUCAAUGAUUCAUCCAUUGGCCUGGAGCAUGUCUUGAGAGAGGUGGGGCAGAUUUAUGAAGCUCUGGAAGUAAUGAACUCCAAGAAUGAGAGUUUUGUCAAACUGCCGGAGAUUGCAGCAGAUCUGAUGGUUUCGGGGUAUCCCGUGGAGCUGAUGGAUGGGGAUGCUUCUUACCUGCCCUUGCGCUGGGUGGGAGCAAUCUUUGACAGCUUAAUUGAGAGGCUGGGGGACAAACGAGUGUUUGUGCUCUCCGUGCUCGGCAUCCAGAGCACAGGCAAGUCCACCCUGCUGAAUGCCAUGUUUGGUCUGCAGUUCAACGUCAGCGCGGGGAGAUGCACCCGCGGAGCUUUUAUGCAGCUCAUCCCAGUGGGCGAGGAGCUGCAGCAAGACUUGGGCUUUGAUUUUGUGCUGGUGGUGGACACAGAGGGACUUCGUGCCAUGGAGAUGGCCAAUAAACACUCCCUGAACCACGACAAUGAGCUGGCCACCUUUGUCAUUGGCAUUGGCAACUUGACUGUGAUCAAUAUCUUUGGAGAAAAUCCAUCAGAAAUGCAAGAUGUUCUCCAGAUCGCUGUGCAGGCUUUCCUGAGGAUGAAGAAAGUCAAUCUUUCCCCAAGCUGCCUCUUUGUCCACCAAAACGUGGGAGAAGCAACUGCCAAGGAGCAGAACAUGGAAGGACAAAGGCGUUUGCAGGAAAAGCUGGAUAAAAUGACUGUGGUAGCUGCCCAGCAGGAAUUCUGUGACAUCUCCUCCUUCAGCGAUGUCAUCGGCUUUGAUGUGAACACCCACAUUCACUACUUUGCUCAGCUGUGGGAAGGAAAUCCCCCGAUGGCACCACCCAACCCCACCUACAGCCAGAACGUCCAGCAACUAAAGAGCAAAAUCCUCCAGGCUGCCCAGAAGCAGUCGCAGCGCAGCAUUUUGAGGCUCUCGAGCCUGAAAGUUCGUAUUGGGGACCUCUGGAAUGCGUUGCUGAAUGAAAACUUUGUUUUCAGCUUCAAGAAUUCCCUGGAGAUUGCCGCGUACAGGAAACUGGAAAGCGCCUUUAGUCAGUGGACCUGGAGGCUGAGGAGUCAUGUCUUAGACAUGCAGAUGAGACUGGACAACAAAAUUCGGAAUGGGGACUUGCGGAAUGUCACCAGAGAAUACCUUGAAGGGCAGGUGCAAGAGACAAGUGAUGCCAUCGAGAAAGAAGUGGAAAAGUAUUUCAGGGAGGACAAAGACCACGAGACACUGGUCCAGUGGAAACCAAACACAGAGCUGAAGCUGAAAGAACUAAAAGAGGCUCUUCUUCUUGAAACAAAAAAGAAAUGUGAGAAUCUUAUUGAGCUACAGAAGGAGCAGAGUAAACUGGAUGCAAGGAAGGUGCAAUAUGAAGCCCAGCUCCUGAGAAAGAGUAAGGAGUUGGCUGUGACUCUGAAAGGGAAGAGCCUCAGUGAGAGAGAACUGAGAGACAACUUUAUUUUUGUCUGGAACAAUUGGAUUGCCGAAGUUUCCUGUGUUGCUCCUCCCCUGGAACAGGUGGAUAUCGAUGCAGAAAUCGAAGAUGUCCUUCUAGAGCACUUUAAGGAACCGGGUUUACAUGCCAGGAUCACAUCAUUUCCCAAAGGCAGAGGAUUUUCUUUUGACAUGGAGAAACACGUCAUGAAAAAAAAGCAUUUUGGUGUCAUUACUAGGAGGGUUUCCAAUGCUGAUGUGAUCAACUUGCAGCACAUCACAGACAGCAUCAUAGCGUGUGUGAGAGCAAACAUUGAUAAGAAGGAACAAGAGAAACGGGAUUACAGUCGAAAUUUUAUUCAUGAAAUACUCAAUGAAGUACAGGAAGGUGUGAACUCCAUCCCCAGCAAUGCAAAAUGUACUUUUAACAGAGAGUACAGCAUAGAUUUAUCUCUGUAUCUUUGCAGAAUGGCAGCAGAAAGGUUUAAAGUCAUGCAUGAAGCGUUCCAAAAGGCAAAUGACCCAGUCGUGUACCUGAACAGCAAGAGAGAGAAUUUCUUCCAAUGUUUCCAGAUUUCCUGCCAAGGAGCCACUUCUAUCACAACUUUUGCUGUUUUCCUUUGUGACAAGAUUGAACCAGCUCUUCACCGGGCGGUCUAUGAGAGGACGGCUAAAGCCAUUGCUGAGGACAUGCAGGGCAAAUUCCCAGAUUUCCAGGGCAACAGAGCCAAUCUGGAAGUCUCCCUCCUGAGAUACCUGGCAGAACAAGAAAAUUUUGAGUAUUUCAAAGAUUACCUUAAUUGCCCAAAACAGUUUUGUCAGAGUUACACUGAGACACGAGUUAGGAGUUACUGUUUAGAUGGGAACAGGAGGCUGGAAAAGUUUUUAGAUUCCUCCCUUAAUCUUCUGUAUGGAAACAUCCUGAAAGCUGUUUCUUUAUCAACCAAAAUUGUCAAUGACAGAAAAGACAGAGAAGACAAAGUCUCUCUUUGGCUGGAUGAAUUUUGCAGGGAACUGACAGAGGUGAUCAACUUGCCCAGAAGUGACCUGAAGGGCAUUGAGCACCAGGAGGUCACAGACAUUGAGUUCCUGAGCAGUGCCAUGGCAGAAGCUCUGGAUGACCUGAAGAACAGGCUCAGGAAAGAAUUUGCUGAUGCCGAUAUGAGCUCGUUUGCAAGGCAGCCUCACACCAUCCUGGCAGAGCAGUUUUCGGGGUGCUGGGAGCAGUGUCCCUUCUGUGGGGCUGUUUGCACAAACACCAUGCGGAAUCACGAUGGAGACCAUCAGCUGGUCUUCCAUCGCCCACGAGCUUUGGUGGGAACCAAGUGGCAUGAGACGAACUACCUGGUCAUUGAUAUUUGUUCCAGCCUUGUUGCAAGUGACUCCUUAUUCAGAGUGGGUGACAGUGAAUGGAUAACCUACAAGAGAUACCGGGAUGCAGGACCCCGUUUCUCCACAUGGAACAUUCUUCCUGAUUCAUCCAUGCAGGCGUACUGGAAAUGGUUUGUGUCUCAUUUCAGGACACAGCUGGAAGCUUUGUACAAUGGGAAAUUUCAGGGCAAAGGAGAAAUCCCUGAGGCGUGGCAGAGAGUUACCAAGCAGGAAGCACUGUCUGAGCUGGACAAGAGUUAGGCCACGUCCAUGGGAAGGAAGAACCACAACGGCUUUGCAGUUUAGAAGAACUUUGUACCAGGCUCUCCACAAAAUGCAGUUACAACAAUGACACUCUCAAGCCACACGCAGCCAAUGGUAUCUAAUUGCUCCCAAAUUUGGUGAAAUAAGGUGUGUUACUGCAGCCAUCGCUCAGCAACUCCCUCGCUUCAUGAUAAAGCCAGAAUGCUUUUGCCUCCUUGCCAUAAACACUUCCCUCUGCAUUGUCCUAGAGUCAAACCAAACUCCUUCCCUGGGCCGAUCGGCCUUGUGGCCAAGUCUGAUCCCAAGGGCCAGUGUUGCAAAAUGGUUAGAGGAUCAGGGACAUGGAUUAUUGAUAAAACCAAAUCAAUAACAGAACUGUACAAAGCAAAGGCCUUCAAGCAAAGGCCUGCAUGAGAAAAAGCCUCCAUGAGAAAUGCCUGCGUGAGAAACAGGCCUGAGAAACAAAAAGGGAGUUUUAAGGAGGUACAGUCCUGUGCUGAAAAGAUCUACUGACCAUGAGAAGGGAGGAAGACUUUUGAUCUCUCAAGACAAAACAUAAAGCUUGCCAAAUGUAGUCUUUUAUCUAACCCAAUUAUGUAGAAGUAAGAAUGCGCUUUUGUAAGCUUAAACCAAUCAAGAACUGAUAAGCUUGUACUCAAUACUAUAUAAGUGCCUCUGUAUUGCUAAUAAAUGAAGUUUGUUCUACCAAUCACAUUGAUUGUCUGCAUGGCUUCCCCCACCCGAAGUCAGCAUUUGGCGCCCGAACAGGGACUGGGACUUCGUUUUCUUGACUAAGGUGGGGGACCGACGUGGCACCGAUAAGCAGCAAUCGGAGGGCAGAAGAUCAGCAGCUGCAGGCAAGCGUCUGAUCCGUGCCUGGACUGACCUGACACAGGGGUCCGCCGUAUCGGCUGACAAGGGCAAACCUGGGAAAAGGCUGCACAAAUCCUGUCGACAGGGAUUGCAGUAAGAUGCAGAUGCGGUAGGACGCAAAUAUGGAAACAGAGGUGACCCUUGAUUUAUUUCUACGCUUUUUAGAAAAGCGGGGAGUUAAAGAAGUAAACCUCUGUAAGGAACUAGCUGAUCCAAGAUGGUUUAAAAUGAAAGCUAAAGAAGCAAAAGCUCUUGGGUUAAUCUGGAGAGCAGUAACUGGCACUCUCACAGAGAUGAAAACAGAGAGGACAGUGGCCACAGCUGCCAUAGAGGCUUUAGAGAGUGGCAGCACUGGGUGUGGCAGCUCCGGGAAAGGAACAGACGGGGGCCUUAUGAAGCGGCGGCCAGAGACCGGAGCCGAGUCCGGGGUAGCAUGGUCCUUCGGGCUGGCCGCGAGAAAACCGAUUAAAAGCACAGCAGCACCCGUCCGCUCACUGCAGGAGCUGCUGAACUCAGCAGGGCAGGAAGUUACCUUUCCGACGUCUGAGAGAGAAAUGGCCGCAAAUGCAGAAGCAGAGCCGCCCGAUCCAGGGGGCGGGGCGCAGGCGGGCCAAGGAGACACAGGCAGUCCUGGUGUCCGACUGAAAGCAGCAGAGCAACGGAGCGGUCCUAAAGCCCAGCUGAAAGCGGCAGAGAGCAACCCCCCCCGCCGAACAGCGGAACGUCCGGAUGCAAAGCAGCUUCUGUGGUUUCAUCGCCUGCGGAGCCGGAGCCGGCCGGGGCUGCCGGGGGUCAGCCUCGGGAAGGGGAGAAGCACCAAGAAAUGAUGCAAGAAGUAAUCAAAAAGCUUGCUGACUUAUCUACACGAAGCAUUCUGCAGUCUAUCUUUACAGCAGAUGUUCUGUGUCUGAAUGAUUGCAUCAGCAUCGCACAGUUGUUAUUAACCCCUUCACAGUUCCUGCUCUGGGAACGAAUGUGGAAACAGCUAGCACAAGAAGAAGCUAGCAAACAUCAAAGUGACACACAAGACCCACUGUAUGCAUUCCAAGCUGACAUGCUAACUGGCAGCGGAGCUUACGGGGCAACAGUAACACAGCUGACCAUGCCUGUAGUAAUUCAUCAGUUGUUACAGACUUUUGCCCACAAAGCCUUGUUGUCAGCAGCCUUAAAGGAUGCAACUGAGCUCUCUGAAGAGCUCCAAGGGCAAAUGUUCCAAAUAUUUGCCUUUGAAAAUGCUAAUAGGCAAGCUAAGACAAUUCUUGCUAUGCUGCCCCAAGGAGCAGGUGUAGACGAGAUGCUCGUACGUGCUGCCCGUUCAGAACAGUCAUCUCAAACAACUGCCUUUACUGCAACACUGCAGAAUGUCCUGCGACAACAGGGACAAGUCAUCGCCGCAGCACUGACCAGAGGGGUGCCCAGCAAGUGGUGCCGUGCUACAGGACCCCGAAGCGAGAAGGCGCAGUCAGCAUCAGCUCCUGAGGAAAGUGACGCCACUGCUUCAACAGCUGGGACUCUGAGACCUCUGUCCCGAGAAGCCUUGGGAGAGGCUGCAGACGUGGCUGAGUGAAGGAGCUGAGGACUUGCCAGAUCCACCACUCUCCGUAGCAGGAGAAAUAGCGAGACCCUGGGGCGAAUGUAACAGCUGCCCUGGGUGGUUGCCAGUGACUUGUGGUGGGUGUCGGGGAACCCUCUCCAAAGGCAAAACUAAAAAGGAGAGUUACAUAAAUUUUUGGGUAUAACACCAAACACAGAAGUAGAGUGAAAAGUUGUUUUUUGACUGUCUUGAGACAAGAGCAUUAGUGGACAUUUUCAAUCAGCUGUCCGCCCAUUUAGAUCGAGUAAAGGCAGUGAAUUUGGCUAGCAUCUAUAUUUUUACUUGUGCUUCAGCAGCCAGGGCUCACGCUAUUCUGCAUAAACUUGCUUGCUGGGAGAGGGAUAAGUUAAACAUAACUUUGCAAAUGCUUGAUGAGUUAAGCGUAGAUGUUACUAGUGUUAGACAUACAAUAUUACAAAAUUAAGUAGCAAUUAAUUUUCUACUACUAGCUCACAGCCACGGCUGUGAAGAGUUCUAAGGUACGUGCUGUAUGAAUCUUUCUGACCACUCUGUCCUAAUUUACAAGCAGAUAAGUGAGUUACAUUAAUUAACCACACAAUUACAGAAAGAAGACCAUCUCAGCUUAGAAAGAUGGUUAAAGUCACUAAGUUUAAGACCAUGGCUAGUUUCACUUGUGCAGCAUUUGAUUACUGUAAGACUACUAAUAUUAUUAAUAAUAGUGUGCUUACCUUGCCUAUGCCAAUGCUUGCAAAAGAUGAUAUACAAAGUUACUACAUCUGUAGCCAAUCAAAUAUUGCCUUUACAAAAAGAAAAAAGGGGAAUUGUUGCAAAAUGGUUAGAGGAUCAGGGACAUGGAUUAUUGAUAAAACCAAAUCAAUAACAGAACUGUACAAAGCAAAGGCCUUCAAGCAAAGGCCUGCAUGAGAAAAAGCCUCCAUGAGAAAUGCCUGCGUGAGAAACAGGCCUGAGAAACAAAAAGGGAGUUUUAAGGAGGUACAGUCCUGUGCUGAUAAGAUCUACUGACCAUGAGAAGGGAGGAAGGUUUUUGAUCUCUCAAGACAAAACAUAAAGCUUGCCAAAUGUAGUCUUUUAUCUAACCCAAUUAUGUAGAAGUAAGAAUGCGCUUUUGUAAGCUUAAACCAAUCAAGAACUGAUAAGCUUGUACUCAAUACUAUAUAAGUGCCUCUGUAUUGCUAAUAAAUGAAGUUUGUUCUACCAAUCACAUUGAUUGUCUGCAUGGCUUCCCCCACCCGAAGUCGGCAGGCCAGGGCAAGGGCAAGGCAGCGCUCAAAGCCCCCCUUGGAUCCACUGCUGUGAGACAGGAAGGGACAGUGUCCCAAAGGCAGUUUUCCUGCAGCAAGGAGGUGUCCUUCCCGCAGAAAUGGCUGUGAGGCCUGAGGGCAGCUCCACGCUGGCUGCAAGCUGGGCUGCUUGGCUUUUGGGCAUCAUCCUUGCCUCCCUCAUUGCAGCCUCCUGCAUCAGCUGAGGCCGUUCUCCCAGCAGGAGCUGUUGUGUCUCUGGGCUCAGGAAAGCAGGGACACGACAGCCCCAUGGCUCAGGCAGUGCUUCCACUCCCUGGCUCGGAGGUGCUCCGUCUCUGUCCAGGGCAGCCGCUCCUGCUCAGCUGCCUGGAGCUGCUACCCUUCCCUUCAGCCCUCAGCCCUGGCAGGAGCUGCUCCUGCCCUUGGCCUUGCUGCUGAGCAAAAGCCUUUGGAAUGCCCCAUGUGGAGAAUCCCAUCUGCCAGCACCUUCCGCAGCGGCCCUCGGGGCAGUGCUGGUGCUGUCCAGGCAGGCUGGUGGCACCGGAGCCGUGCCCUGGAGAAGGUGGCACCAUCUGGCACUGCCCCAGGGAUGUGGGGGCAGUUUGGCUGUGCAGGUGCUGCAAUGCCGCUGGCAAUGCGAGCGCCAAGCCCUCCUGGAGAGCUGCUGAAGGGCUGCUUCAGCCUCAUCCCCUGCAGGCUCUGCUAAUAAAGGAGUUGAUUUGGACCGUG